CUUUAUGAUAUGUGUUUUAGAAGCACUUACCCAUAAUAAAAAAAUAAAGGUUUCCAGUGUCUCUGGCCUCCCAGAUCUGACCAAUCACAAAGCUGAUUCUGUCGUUCGGCGCCAAUUCCCCUCCUUUUAUGGCUGACGUGAAAACCAGGAGAAAAGGACUACCACCACUACUCCGGAUUGGGUUGGAAAGCGGGCAUGCGCAGUGCGAGUGAUCGCACUUACAGCCUCUUCUACCCUCGCUCCCUAUCGGAAGUUUUGCUACUUAGCUGUAGGACAAAACUUUUAUCUCCUCUACCGUUCUAAGGAAUUAUUGAGGAAGUUAUAUUUAUGGGUAUUUUAAAGUUUAUCCGACAUUGUAAAAGCCACCUUUACUUUCAAACCUAUCUUUUAUAUAAUUUUCCCAAUCGAAGAUUACGAAGAAUGUUUACAUCCUUGUACAUCCAGUAUCAAGAAACACUCUACUGUAGAAGUGUUGCGUUCUAUUUUUCUUUCAAUUAUCUCCUCUGUUAAACACUGUAAGUAACCGUGAUUCAUCACCUGCCAAUCGUAUCCACUGCGUUCUCGGACGCUGAAUAGCCCGCCUUUGCCGCCAUUUUUGCUUUGGUCCCUUCUUGAAGGACGCAAGAUCGUGGGUAGAGGCCAUUUUUCUUUUGGGCAGAGUUGUGGCGAUAUCCAGGCUCCUUGACUGGUGUUCUGUCGCCAUCUUAAGUUUUGGUAGUAGCUUCAAGCUGGCUUCAAACCUUGAGAGGCGCUGUCCAAGUUACGUUUUGUUUGAGCGCUGGCAGCAUUACUGAGCGCGCGGAGAGACGCUGGGAAGGGCAAAGUGAACCUCAAGUAUGAAUUUCCAAAGCUUUUGAGGUGAUUUAUUCUGAUUUUCCACAACUAGAUACUACUACACCAGUGACCCUGGACACUAACAAAACAAAUAAAAGCCCGAACCCAAACUCUGCCACCACCAUAGGUCUGUGAUUACUUUGGAAUCAUUAAGCAUGGCGUCAAAGAAAUUUGCUGUUAAAUGUGGGGAUUUUGCUGUCCUGGUGGAUCUUCAUAUUUUGCCACAAGGUUCAAACAAAGAUACCAGCUGGUUUUCUGAACAGAACAAAGAGGAGGUCUGUUUACUGUUAAAAGAAACCAUUGAUUCAAGAGUUAAGGAGUACUUGGAAAUUCGUAAACAGCGCAAGCCAUCAAAUAUAGAAUUCACAAGAUCCAGUCCGUUGACCUUAAAAGGUUAUGGCUUUCAAAUCACAGCCUAUUUCCUCAAAAGAGGUAUACGCCUUCGCUGCUUUGGUGGUUCACAGAAUCCUGAACUUCGUGUAUUCCCUGAUAGAUUUGUGGUCUGUGUAAGUCAGCUUUCAUGCAGUCAUGAUCUUUCAACACAGAAUGAAGAAUUGACGGAAAGAGCUCUCCAUGGAGUGUCUGAUUAUUUUGCUGAGUGUGCAGAGAGUCCACUUCCUCCCAGUGCAAAGCUCAAGAGAAAUGCCCUGAAAGAAAUUGUGAAAAGAGCUGAAACAAAAAGCAGCAUCGUGAGCAAAUCACAGAGCAGCAGGGACUCUGUGGGAACAUCUAAUGACUCAGUGAUUGCAGAGAUGGCAGUGGGAAGAGGUGGUAGUCCAGCUUCAUCCAGUGCCCCACUGGCGGCCACGGGACAAGCAAAGGAUUACAUAAAGGCAGCUGAGAGCCAGUGGGGGCUCCCUGCUCAAAAGCUGGAAAAUGUUCAUCAGGCCCAGCCAGGAGAAACUAGCAGCCAGCAAAAACCUCAUCCUGGGGAGUGGUUAGAGACAGGGCUUCUAAGCAGGAGCCCUGUCUGGAGAUGUGAGUCAGCAUCACCACGUCCAAAACAAAGUCCACGAGGGGCCAGAACACAACAGAAACGCAGGAACUGCGGCUCUGUGGAAGACUUCGACCACCACAAGAGAGUUUCUUUUGGAAGUGAUUGAUUAGCCCCAAGAGAAAUAAUAGUGGAAAAAAAGCAAAGCUGUCAGAGUUUUACCAAUUUUAGAGCUGUUAGAUCCGGGGUUACUUUUGAAACAAGAUUUGGCAAAAACCAUGUCUAAUGAAGAGUUGCAUGUUUUUGUAUAAAGGACACAUGUACAAAACCAAAGUCAGGGAGGAUCUGUGGUGGGAAGUGGGGGUGGCUGGGAUGCGGGGGGUGGGGCAUGGGAUGGAGACAACUGUACUUGAACAACAAUAAAAAAAAUGUGGGGAAGAAAAAGAGUUGCAUGUUUUGGAAAAUCUCUCCUCCAGACAUCUUCUGUAAAAUAAGCCAGGGCUAGCAGAGCAAACCGGCUCCGCCACAAACACUGAAAGGUUAGCUACGAUUCAUGGCAGCCCAGCCAAGAAAAGGAAGAAAUACGAAAGAGGCCACUGACUUACCAAGGAGGAUUGCAAAGUUGAGGUUGAGAGAUAUAGUGGCCAAACCUAUGAAAAAUGAGAAGGCUGUAUAGAUGCUGUGAUUUCAAAGGAAUUAGAAUGACUUUUUUAUAUAGAAAAAUAUGUCUCUGUGUUAGGGAUAGCUCUCAAAGCAGUCUCCUUCAGGAGCCCACACAAGGUAUGUCCAGAAAGUAUCCAUCCAUGUAAUAUGAAAAAUAGAAACAUUUAUUGAAGAGGAUACAAGAUGUAAGAAACAUUGUACAUAGGACAGUAGUGCCUUGAUCCCCUUCAAAAUAGGCACCUUGGAACCUCACAAGUUCCUUUCAGUCACUAUGAGCUGCCUGGUUGUAUUUUCCUGAAUUCAUGCAUGGUCUGAAAUCUUCCCUCUCAAAGGUGAUUUUAGUGUUGGGAAAAGCCAGAAGUCACAGGGUGCCAGAUUGGGGCUGUAGCGGGGCUGAGUCACCUGGGAGAUUUGAUGUUUUGCCAAAAAACUGUGCCGGAGACAUGAUGCAUGAUGGGGCGAAUUGGCAUGAUGAAGCUGCCAGUCACCAGUUGCCCAUAACUGCAGUCUUCUGAAUCAUGUAAAUAGUUUCCGCAGAGGAAUGUUCAAGCUUAACACAAAAUUUGAUGCAGAUCCAUUGCUGUACUUGCUCAGUGAUUUUGAAUGUGACGGCCACAUAGUACAUGUGCUCACUCAGUGACGCCCCCACUGACUGACCAGUGCAGUGAAAUUGUCAUUGUUCACACAUGGGCAUUCCAGUCCACUCUCCUUGUCUGCUUGUUACGUUGAUUUCACACAAACUGCUCUUGUUAUAAUAGUGGCUGUACUUUUUCCAGACAGACCUUGUAUGCUUAUUCUAACAACAUUGCUACUUUCUCAUCAUACUUUAUAACUGUCUUCAGAAAUUUAUUUUAAUGAUAAACAUCCAUUCAUUUUGUCAGGGACAGCACCAUUCCUGAAGAACUGCAUGAAGAAACCAAUCACAUGUCUCCUGGACACAUGUCUGUACAGACCAUGCAAUGGCCAUGUAAAGAUCAUGCCACAGUGCUGCAGUUGAGUUGCAGGCAUAAAUUUAUUCUCCUGCACCAGCAUCAUUGUCUGAAAAUAUGUUAGAAAUGUGGCAUUUGGGCCCCACCCCAGACUUACUGAAUGAGAAACUGGGUGAUUCUGAAACAGACUCAAGGUCGAGACCCACCGUACUGAUUGGACACUCUCUAGUGUUUAUUUCCUCUAGCCUGGCUUAUCAGCUGGGGCCACAUGUGGACACGUACACCCUUGUGUUCCCUCAAACUUGUAAAGCAUGUGAAUUCAGUAUUUGAGUCACUCUGUUCUCAGGCUCUUAAGUCUGGUAGGCACAGCACCCAGAGAGCUGUUACUUACCUUAAGAAUUGCAGUACCUUCCACAUACACCAGUAACUUGGCCCACCACUGGAAAGCAUGUUAGAGGCUUGUUCUUGCUUGUAGCUCAGGCCUAUCCCUGUCCCUGCCUCUGAGAUUUUGGUUAGAUUCAGUAUGGACUAGAACCCAAGGGGAACUUGGUGGCCAGAGUUUCUGGUUUCCCAUUUGAAAGGCUUCACAGACAGUUCAAAUUUGAAGCAGGAGUCUCAGAUUUGCAGUGUCACGCAGUGGCCUUGUCUCCAGUGGGCUUGCUGAAAUGCCAUGUAGUGAAUCAUAGCAAUGACUCAUUUUGGAUGCAUACCCACUAAAGAUUUCUUUACCUCAAUAUCAUUCUGAAACAGGAAGAAAUUGUCUUUAAAGGCCACCCAUCAGUUAUAUCUCUGGUCAGCACUGGGUGGUCCUUUGAAGUAGCACCUCCCUUUUAACAAGGAAAAUCAAGUGUAUUCCCAUAAGUGUUGAAGUUAGCAGAAAAAUAGCCCAGAAAGAGCCCAGCAAAAUACAAGAAUAUGGAAACAGUGUAAGUUCAUACUUAAGACUAAUUAGUGGUUUCUCCCACCUCACUGUGUCCUUCCCAUGUCUCCUUCCCCCACUUAUAUUGUAGUGUAAGACUCAUUAAGCAGCAGCCAUAUUCCAUGGCAGCAUUUUAUGUCAUGAAGUUCAGUCUUGGUCAACACCCGCCCAUGAGUGUACAUACUGUUCCUUCGAUGCUCCAAACCCUGCCUGGAAACCUGUCCCCUUUCUGUGGCCCCAGCCUUACCACCCCAACUAGGAACAUGGCUUUGCCCACUGGUAUCACUUCCUCUUCCCUCCUAGCUUUUUUCUUACCUCCAGCUGAUUCCAGCAGAAUUCUGCUCACCCAGUAGGGGUCGACCACACAGAAUGGAAACCUCCUGAGAAAGUGGAAGAUGGAUUUCCGCAGCCCAUCCAGGCCCCUCUCUCAGAGUGGACAGUAGCCUGGGUGUUCUUUUCACUGAAGACAGGGCCACUAUGUGUCAUUGAAUCUUCUUAAACAGAAACAGCUAUUGGAACAUUUUAAACACAAAUAACCCAGGUGAUAAGCCAAGAAACAAUAAGUUUCCUGGAAGAGUCUAGAAUAAAGACAGCCAUUCCAGAGCAAUAGCUGCUGCCUGCUGCAGAACAAGAAGGUGAACUUUGAACUAGAGGCAACAGGAAGGUUUUUUUAAAAGAAGUUUUUAUUUCAUUAGUUAACCCGGGCUUGAUGGUUAAGGCCAAUUCUUAUAAUGAUUUUCUUUCAAGAAACAUCUUGGCAUUAGAGUUUGUUGUAUUUGUGGAAAUAACGAUUACUGCGUUGUAAGAGAGAAAAAUAGUGCCACUGGUUGCAGAUUGAUACAGUCUUUCUCGCAUGGGAUUUUAGCAGGGUUAAUGGGUGGAACAGCUCUCCCCUUCUGCACCGUGGCACGUGUUUGAGGAAUUCUGCCUUCUAGCACUUUCCUUCCACAUGUCUGAAACACCCCUGGAUCUCUUGUCAUUUGAGUCGUUGUGUGAUUCUUUGGCUAUUUGGAAGUACAAAAGGGGAAAUGGCGGCAGGGUAGGGAGGGUGUUUUUGCUUAUUAGGUGGGAAAUGCAGGGUUUUCUGCUGCUGGAACUGGUGUAUGUUUUCAUAUUUUAAGUAAUCUUCAUAAUUCUGCAACUGAAAAUCUGGGAUCCUGUCAAUAUUCUUACUCAAAAAGGGACAAGUUCUUCAUCCACUUACUUAAUAACCUAAAAUAAAUGUAUAGUCAAAUCCUAGUAAAUUCUGAUGAUGCUUAGAAGACAUGUGGAUCCACUUUGAUUAAUGUCACAACUUUGAACUCUCAAACUCUCUCAGUGUCAUAGCUUCUAAGUCAUCUCUGUGGGCUUUCAAAUGACUUUUUAAUAGAUUGGGUUUUGCUAAUGUUAUGUCUUCAUUUUUUGUCUUUUAACCAGAAAUGUCUGAGAACCGUCAGUGUGAUUUUUCUUACACAUUUUUCUUUUCAUUGCCACUGGAGGUUAACUGUCAUCCAGUUAUGCAUAUAAAUUGUGAAAUGCAAAGGAGCAAACAUUUGGUGAGAGAGGAGCGAGUGCUGUAGGUUUUUUAUUCACUUAUUUACUAUGGAAAAAGUAGGAAAAUGUUUCUCAUUUUAUAAAAAGCAAGAGUCACAAAAACCCUUUAUAGUUUGAAGUACGGAGAAUAUGGUUAUUCUCUGAAUGAGGUAUCUCAAGAUAGAUUUGGGGGGCAACAGUGAGAUCACAGUUGUUUGUUUCUGGUAUCAAGUUUGGACUUCGUACGAAUUGUUGUACAUAUCAGUGGCCUUUGAUCUCAGAGAGAGCUUGGAGGGCAGAGCAGGAAGGGAAGGAAACCUCUGUGCCAGGAGAAUGGCCUGGGGCCACCGUGUCACUGUCCUCUGCUUCCUUGAGUUCCUCUUGGUAGGCCCCACUGUAAUGUUUCCACAAAAUUCCAGUGAGUGGCCCUCUUUCUGAAGUAGCAAAUGGCUUUCCUAACCACCAAAAAUUCUCUAUUCAGCAUGCUGUGACUUGAAUGUGGAAGUCAUUUAGACUUCUUUUCGUCUCCUUUGAGGAAAUGUCCACGCUUGGUUAGACGAGAGAGUUUAUUCCUUUUUAUUGAAACAGUAAUGAAUUGAAACACG